UUUUUUUUUUCAAAAUAUAUAUAUAAAUAUAAGUGUAUAGAAAGGUAAUCAACAAAAGAGAUACUUUCAUUAUUCAAUUUCUUUAAAGAUAAAUAGAUAGAAAAAAAAAUGUUCUUUAAAAAAUACACAGUUACAACUACAACUGAAUAUCUACCCACAGAAUAUAAACCACGUCGAAUCAUUGUAUGUCUAGACGGCACUUGGGAAACACCUCAUGAUAAAACCAAUGUAUACAAGUUUUAUAUGAAUAUCGAUAGAUCUAAUAAUGAUUGGGAAUAUACAACAAAUUAUUACCUUGGUUUAGGAGCAGGCAAACACCCACUAUUAGGGGGUAUGUUUGGAUAUGGUAUCAGUAAACAAAUUAUUAGUGCGUACAAGUUUAUAUGUCGAAACUAUAGAGAUGAAAGAGAUGAGAUUUGGCUAUUAGGCUUUAGUCGAGGAGCCUAUGCUGUAAGAAGUUUGGCAGGAAUGAUGUAUAAUGUAGGAUUAUUACCUCCAACAAAGACAUCAAAAUCAAAAAGAGCUUAUAGAAUUUAUCGACAUAGACGUGGAUUGGGUUUACCUACUAGUAUAAUUUCUACUCAUUUUCGUGAAGAAAAUGGGUGUAGAACACCUAGUAUUCAUUUCUUAGGAUGCUUUGAUACUGUUGGAGCUCUUGGUAUGCCUAAAAUGCCUUGGUAUUUAGGUGGUCCAAUUUUCUACGGCUUAUUUCAUGGUAUAAAUGGGUUUCAUGAUAUAAAUUUAGCACCUAUUGUAAAGCAUGCAUAUCAUGCUAUGUCUAUCCAUGAACAGCGGGCUUGGUUUAGUCCAACUCUCAUGCUCUCCCCAACUGAACAGCAAACGCUAGAACAGAUUUGGUUUCCUGGUGUUCAUGGCGAUAUAGGAGGACAAGACGAUGGUCGAUACAACAACAUACUUUCAUGCCAUACCUUGAACUGGAUGAUGCAAAAGGCUCAAGAGGUCGGCUUAAAGUUUAUAAAUAAAAUAGACACAUGUGAUAAAAGCAAAUAUAAAUUUCAGUUCCAUGAUAGUUAUAAAAAGGGGAAAAUCUACAGUAUUAUGCCUCGAACGGACAGAGAGAUUCCAAAGGACGAAUUGACAGGUAGAUACCAAUUAAGCCAGAUUUACUUGAAUGGCGAUUUUUCAUCUUAUUUGGAACAAACUGAAUUAAAUAUGUACCCAUCAAAGACUUUGGAUAAUUUCUUUCAUAACCUAGAACUUCAAAAAGAACUUGAUGAAGAUCAACAUCAACAAAUUGAACUGAAGAUAGAACAAUAGACCCUUAUUAUAUUAUUUUAACUAUUGUAUAUAUAUUUGUAUACAUAUUUAUAUAAAUAUUAUGUCCCUAAAAAAAAACAAAUGCAC